GUAACCAUGCUGAGGCUCUCCCGUGCGGUGUGCAGCAUGCCGACUCGCGCGUUUGCAAGCACUGCAGUUGCAGCAGCUGGCAGUGGCGGCGACAAGCUCCCUGGCUUUGUGCACAAGGUUGUGGACGAGGACGUGCCGCAGGACGGCGAGAUGGUGGAGAUGAACCUGUUUGAGGCCGUGAAUGCGGCGAUGGACGUGGCGCUGGACACUGAUGAGACGGCGUGUGUGUUUGGCGAAGACGUGGCGUUUGGCGGCGUCUUCCGCUGCUCGAUGAACCUGAUGGAGAAGUACGGCAAGGACCGGGUGUUCUCGACGCCGCUCUCAGAGCAGGGCAUUGCCGGCUUUGCGAUCGGCAUGGCGGCGAUGGGCUCGACAGCGAUUGCGGAGAUCCAGUUUGCCGACUACAUCUUCCCGGCGUUUGACCAGAUUGUCAACGAGGCGGCCAAGUACCGGUACCGGUCGGGCGGCAUGUUUGACGUCGGCGGCCUCACCAUCCGCUCACCGUACGGCGCAGUUGGCCACGGUGGCCUGUACCACUCGCAGUCGCCCGAGGCCUACUUUUCGCACACGCCCGGCCUCAAGGUUGUCAUUCCGCGCUCGCCGCAGCAGGCCAAGGGCCUCCUGCUGUCGGCCAUCCGCGACCCGAACCCGGUGCUUGUGUUUGAGCCCAAGGCGCUCUAUCGCGCCGCCAACGAGCCUGUUCCGGUCGAGGACUACGAAAUCCCGCUGGGCAAGGCGCAGGUCCUCAAGGAGGGCUCGGACGUGACUGUCGUCGGCUACGGCGCCCAGAUCUACGUCCUCGAGCAGGCCAUCCUCAUGGCCGAGAAGGAGCUGGGCAUCUCGUGCGAGCUCAUCGACCUCCGCUCCAUCCUUCCCUGGGACAAGGACACUGUCAUCGACUCGGUGAACAAGACCGGGCGCGCCGUCAUCUCGCAUGAGGCGCCCAAGACCUCCGGCUUUGCCGCAGAGGUCUCGUCCACCAUUCAGGAAGCAUGUUUCCUCAACCUCGAGUCGCCCAUCCAGCGCGUCUGCGGCUGGGACACCCCGUUCCCGCUCAUCUUUGAGCCGGUCUACGUCCCCGACAAGCACCGCGUGUUUGAGGGCAUCAAGGCCGCCAUCGAGUUCUAAACCACUCUCGCGCCCGCC